AUGGUGCGCCUUUCCAUCCGAGAACAGCUCGCAGCGCUCGUUAUUCUUGCCGUCCUCAUCGCUCUCGCUGUCGUCUCUGUUCCAACAUGGAUUUUUGUCCACAACUUUGUCACUGGGGUCGGGACCAGCGGACUGUCAUUAACUGCGUCCCUCAAGGCUGCCAGGAUCGAUUCUGAGCUCAACUUGCUACAGACAAUCAGUCAAACCGUUGCCACCCGCCUCUUGCUCCAGCAGGCAUUUACCAAUUUUUACAAUCAGAAUGAGACCGAUCCCUUUGCCGCUGCUCGCAUCGACUUGGAGAGUGCCAUGAGCACCAUUCGCUUUACCGGUCUACUACAGGCGAGAUUGUUCUCUAGAAAUGAUACCGGUGCCAAGCCUGGCGGCCUUCUCAAUGUCACCGGCACUGGCGUUGGCACUCAGACCAACAACAUACAGUUGCCAUACUUAACCCCUAAUGGAUCCAGGGUAAACCUUAGUGACACUGAGUAUGGAUACCCUCCGUCACUCUACCCGAAUAUUACAUACGAGAGGCUGGGAUACCCGAAUCCAUAUCAACCUAGCACUCCGGCGUAUGGUGCGAAUGCCUUCCCCGGAGUCAGACUAAGCGACAAUGGUGGCUUGCUGCUAGGGCCGCUCAUGAUCAAUGAGUCUUUUGCGCUCGUGUCACUUACGGUCCCAGUCCGAUCGCUCAACGUACAAAACUUCAUUCUCGGCUACAUGACGCUUAUUGUUUCGGCUGGGUCGCUAUUUCAAGUGCAAGAGUCUCGGGAGGGCUUGGGAUCAACAGGCAUGGUUCUCCUCAUAGGGCCGGCAAAUCCAUCUAACCAUUUUCUGGCACCCAUUUUCCUGGCCAAUAGCACGUACUCACCGUCACCCAGCGCCUUGUCGGCCUCGCCCGUGAGAUUUAUCCUUCCACCCAUGUCCCUAAAUGGACAAGCUGAGCGACACAUGAAGAGGGAGUAUGAUGGCGGUAACUACUCUAGUCAGUUUCCACUCUCGCACUAUCCAGGAGCUCUCAACGUGUACGCCAAGUAUAAUUCUCAGCCCAAUAAUGCCAGAGCACUAUUAUCAACCAAAAAUGAGCAAGGAGUAGCAGUCGCGGUUGGCGUUGCUAGACCUCAAUCGACCCUAGUUGACUGGGUUGUCGUAGUGGAACAAGCUGAGAGUGAGGCAUAUGCGCCAAUUGCGACACUGAGACAGAUUCUUCUUGGCUGCGUUUUUGGCACUGCCGGACUAAUAUUGCUUCUCAUCUUUCCCUGCGCUCACUUUAGUGUCCGCCCUAUCCGCCGGCUCAAAACCGCAACCGAAAAUUCCAUCUCUCCGCCUGGUUAUGAGGAAGAGUAUGAGGAUUACGAUGAGCAGAGUCCCAGCUCGGGCGGAACUCUGUCGUCCGCGUCUAUAAAAGGCUUUUUUGCCAAUAUGCGGCGGAAGUUUAAGAAGAAGCGACGAGCAAUGACGGAGGCAGAAAUCGACAACCACCGUCGGAUUUUUAAAAUUCCUGGCCGAGUUGAGGAACGAAAGCAUUUUGUGACCGACGAGCUUACCGAACUGACACAGGUGUACAACGAAAUGACCGACGAGCUGGUGAAACAGUACACGUCUCUUGAUGAAAAGGUGGCUGAGAGGACUCGCGAGCUUGAGAUAAGUAAGAGGGCAGCCGAGGCUGCCAAUGAAAGUAAAACAUUGUUUAUUGCCAAUAUUUCCCAUGAACUCAAGACGCCAUUAAAUGGAAUUAUGGGGAUAUGCACUGUUUGUAUGGAGGAUGACGAUAUUUUGCGUAUUCAACACUCUCUCAAGACGCUUUACAGGUCAGGUGAACUGUUGCUGCACCUCUUGGAAGACUUACUGAGUUUCUCCAAGAAUCAAAUUAGUCAACAAAUCAGACUCGAAGACAGAGAGUUCCGCCUUGGGGAUAUCAGGUCACAGAUUCUCUCCAUUUUUGAUAAGCAGGUGCGCGAGAGCAAUAUUACACUCGAGGUCACCUUUCUUGGAUAUGAAAGUGACGAAAAGGUCCUAAGCUCAGAUCAAGGGAGCAUAAUAAAGCGGCUACCCGCUUUGGGGCCACCUGGAAUGGGACGGCUGAGAGAUGUGUAUCUCUGGGGGGACCAGCAUCGGAUCCUGCAAGUCAUUAUUAACCUGGUUAGCAAUAGUUUGAAGUUCACACCGGCGGGUGGUAGAGUGGAGGUACGCAUGCGAUGCGUGGGGGAGGUUGACCAGCCUAACGACGAGGGAAGGUCAUCCAAGAAUAGCUCGACACGCGCUGGUCGAAGUCGGCACAGAGGAAGCUCCGGUUCUACACAAUCAUCCGUUUCCAAGGCCACAACCCAUACCUCCGCUUUCAAGGAUGGUACUACCACGGCGGCAUCAAGACUUAAAAGCUCCAAAGCAAGUGCCCACGUGAAUGUGCGAGAGAGAUCCCCGACCCCACCACGACUCAAUGCGAAGCUGUACAUGUUUGAGUUUGAGGUCCAGGACACGGGUCGUGGCAUUCCCCAGCAUAUGCAGACUAAAGUCUUUGAACCUUUCGUCCAAGUUGACUCCAGCUUAAGCAAGAAGUUUGGCGGCACCGGCCUUGGGUUGAGCAUUUGUUCACAGCUCGCCAAGUUGAUGGAUGGCUCCAUUAGCGUCACAAGCACUGAGGGCGUUGGUUCUACCUUUUGCUUGCGAAUCCCGCUCAAGCAUGUCAAGGAUCGUGUGCCAAGUACAGCAUCAAGUAGCACUCGCUCCAGAGCACCCAGUGCAGGAUCUUUGAACGGCGAUAGCCAUCGUAACUCACUCAGCAGUGCCAUCGCGAACCCUGAACAGGAUGCCAAAAAGAAUGACAUCUCUGCCAUGAGAAAAGACAACCAGCCUCGACUUGUCGGUCUCAGUACCCCAUUCUUCGCCCCAAGCCCGACGCCGCAGCCAACUAGUGACGAUCACAAGAAGGCUGCCAUCCAAAAAAUAAAGGCAGAUAAAGCCGACAAGGCGGGCCGAGGCGAGUUGCGAGUCCUGGUGGCAGAUGAUAACUCCACCAACAUUGAGGUCGUUAGCCGGAUGCUCAAGCUUGAAAAGGUAAACAAUGUUACAAUUGCAAAGGACGGCCAAGAGGCAUACGAAUUGGUCAAGGCAAACAUGGAAGAAAACCAGCAAUUCGACCUCAUCUUUAUGGAUAUCCAGAUGCCGAAUCUCGAUGGGCUACAGUCAACUAGAUUAAUUCGCAAAAUGGGAUACGAGGCACCCAUUGUUGCACUCACGGCCUUUUCUGAGGAGAGCAACGUCAAGGAAUGCAUGGAGUCGGGCAUGGAUGAGUUCUUGAGUAAGCCGAUUCGUCGACCUGCCUUGAAGAACGUCCUCACCAAAUUUGCAACUAUCCCAGAAGAAUCUGAGAUUGCUGCAUAA